AUGCGUGAGAAUCGACUGUCGUUUCUCGACCCGCUCGUGAGCGUCGUCACCGUCAACAAGAACAACAACGACCAGGCCACGUUCAAGAACAUCUACGUCAAGACGACGGACGGCAAGAAGAACGUCAAGGUGUGCCAGUGGUCGCAGGCCAGCAAGACGCCGUCGAACCUGGGCGACGGGCCGUCGGGCAAGUUGUGCCAGUACUCAUCGAGUGACGUGCAUAUCAACGAGGAUUGA